AUGGCCAGCCCCGCGCAGUCCGGCUUCCCCGCACGCACCAAUAGUCGCCUGGACGCAUUCUUGAGGCGGCAGCUGCCACCCGAGGUCUACGACACCAUCCGCGCCUACGAGCUGUGCAUCGUGGUGUCCCAGUCGGAGAAGCACACCUUCAAGUACGUGGUGCUCAGCGACCGGCUCAUCUACCUGGCCGAUCACCAGCCCAAGUCCAUCCAGCGGGUCGUGGCGCUGCGGGACAUCGUGGCCAUUGACCUGAUUGAUGAUUACCCAGAGUUUUUGAGUUCACCAGAUAGAGAAAUCAACCAACACAUUCGUAUCAUCUAUUCUUCAACUGGUUUGAAAAAAAAGUAUGGAAAAUCAAAAGCUGCCAGGAAGUUCCUAUUUCCAUUUCAUCACGCCAAAGCUAACAAUAAUAACGUCAAGGAAGAGAAUGAUGGCCAUAGCUUUUGGAGAGGUGAGGAUCCCAGAAGCCUGAACAAAUCCUCCAUCAGGUGCACCCAGGAGAGGGACGGUGUCUUUGGGGGCUCAACUCCCAGUCCUCCUCCAGACAUCAAGGAUCUGUGCCUUGAGGGCCAAGGUGCCUCCCGACCCUUACCUGCGCCCCCAGGAAGGAGCUGUCUGCCCACACCAGCUGCCAGCAGGGCUGUCAGCUCACCAGCUGGCCCAUCAAACACAAAAGAACCCCAAGGACUUCCAGAUCACAAAGACUCCCCCUGUGAAAUCUCUUUCAAGUGUGAUGGGAACAGAAAUGAGUUUCAUUUAGGAAAUUCUUGCCCAGUUUCCCCUUUGGAGAGUGAUUUAAGCCUACAGAAAAAUGAGUCAGAACUUCACUUGUAUGUAGUUUCCACAACCUCAUCGCUAUUUCUGCACUUAAAAAGUUCAUGGAACAAUUAUGUUAUAAAAGCUACUCUUUUGCAAGAUCCCCUUCGUGCUGCCGAGCUCAGGCCUGUUAUCAGAAGUCAGAAGCCAUAUAGAUCUGAGGAGAAAAUAAAGCACUUCAGUCAACUCAAAUCUGAACUUUUUCUUAAAGAUAAUACUUUGAGGAAGAUACUUGGUUUAGUUACCGAACUUAAAGUAGCAGCCCAGAAAAAUUUCAUUCUGAAAAGGCUCUUCUGGAAAACCAGUGACCUUUUCUACUUCCUUGUGAACAAACUUCAUGAGUACUUGCCGGAGCCUAAGGAUAAGAACGCGCUGCAUAAUAAAAGCCAGAGGGCUGAUGAGCUGGUGGCAUGCAUUGAAAUUACACAGACUCUAGGACUGAUGUUCAGAGAGACAGAAACUGAAUCAUCACGCCUGAACACACUGGCAGCUAAGAAGGGAACACUAUUUGAUCUCUUGGUAAUUUUAAUUAGCAAACCUCAGAUUCCAAAAUCAUGCCCUACGUUUGAUAUCCAUUUGGAGGCUGAUUCAACUUCAGUUGAAAUGUCUUUUGAUGCUAAGUUACAGAAGCUUAUCCUGGAAUAUACAGAUAAAGCGACAGCACUUUUAUAUGAGAUACUUCUUGUCUUUCAGCAGGGAAAUCUUGGAUUGGGGUCAACAUUUGCUAUUAGCUGGAUGAUGUCCUUUUUACAAAGAUGUCCUCCCAUAGUUACAUUUGUGGCCAGUAUUGUGAACCAAGUGGUGAAGGGGCUCUCAGCCCCCUUUCAGCUGCUCAGCCCCUGCCAAGCAGUUCUGUUGUACCAGCAGCUUUACAUCCUCAGGAGCUGCCUGCAGCACAGCAAGACUCUAGCUGCACAUAUCAGGAAUGACUACUGUGAAGAAUUCAGGUAUUUUAUUCACAUGCAAGCCUUGGAAAAGAAACUUCCUUUGUGUUACCCUAUUACACAGCCAACCAUGCAACUUUUUCAUGAAGUUCUGACAUUGGUUGAACAGAAACAAUAUGUAAAAUGUUAA